GUAAUUUUACAAUGAUACGAGAUAGGAACAUAGGAACACUUGUAAGAAAAUGUAGCAGUGGGACCGUAAUUUGUGUUGCACCGCUUACACAGCACGCGCAAGUUUGUUUACGACACGUUAAAAGGAAUAUAGUAGAAACUACAGUAUAACUUUAUUCAGCUUUAGAAAGGUCUCAUGGAUGAUGAGGUUGACUGUCCUGAGCUGGUUCCUAUUGAGGAUAAGAGCAAGACACCUGCAGCUCAGAUCCCUGUCACCAUCAUCACAGGUUACUUGGGUUCUGGGAAGACAACACUCUUGAAUUACAUUCUGACUGAGCAACACAACAAAAGAAUAGCAGUCAUUCUCAAUGAGUUUGGUGAAGGCAGUGCUCUGGAGAAGUCUCUGGCAGUGAGUCAGGCAGGAGAGCUAUAUGAAGAGUGGCUGGAACUCAGGAAUGGUUGUCUGUGCUGUUCGGUGAAGGAUAAUGGGCUGAAAGCAAUUGAAAAUCUGAUGGAAAAGAAAGGGAAGUUUGACUACAUUCUUCUUGAGACAACUGGUUUGGCAGAUCCAGGAGCAGUUGCUUCAAUGUUCUGGGUUGAUGCUGAACUAGGAAGUGAUCUUUAUCUGGACGGCAUUAUUACAGUUAUUGAUGCAAAAUACGGAAUGCAGCAUCUGACUGAAGAAAAACCAGGAGGCUUGAUAAAUGAAGCUGUAAGACAAAUAGCCCUCGCUGAUCUCAUGAUUAUUAAUAAAACCGAUUUGGUGAACGAGGCUGAGCUCGAUCAGCUUCGAGACACGAUCAGGUCUAUUAAUGGCCUCGUCAAGAUCCUGGAAACACAAAGGUCCAGGGUCGACUUGUCUCAGGUGUUGGAUUUACAUUCAUUUGAUACCAAAGAUAGUGCGAGACUGGCGGAGAAACUACAGUUACUGAAAACAACACAUGCACAUCUGGAUAAGGAGAUAUUAACAGCAACGUUUGAAGUACCUGGAAGUGUCUCUGAGGACCAUUUAAAUGUGUUUAUUCAGGACCUUUUAUGGGAAAAGGCGUAUAAGAACAAAGCAGGACUGCCAAUGAAUGUCAUUCGCUUAAAGGGCAUUUUGUCCCUGCAUGGUAAGCAGAAGAAGGCAAUGCUGCAGGGCGUUCAUGAGCUUUAUGAGCUGGAUGAAACACCUGAGGACUGGACAGAUGGAGAGCCCAGGAUAAAUAAACUGGUCUUCAUCGGUCGCCAUCUGGAUCGAGAAAUUUUAAAGAAAGAGUUCCACUCUUUAGUCUCAACUGGAGAUGACUCAUGAGUUCAUUGGUUAACACAUUGGAUCACUGAUUGUAUGGUUGUGAGUUUGAAUCCCACGACCACCAGGCUGCUGCUGUUGGGCCCUUGCGCUUGGCCUUUAACCCCUAAACUGCUCAGAUGUGUAAAUGAGAUAAAUAUAGGUCAUUCUGUAUAAGGGUCUCCAGCCAGAUGCCAGAAAUGUAAUAUAAUGUAAUGCAUCUUGCAUACGAUGAUAGUCAAAAUAAAGCUGACCACAGACCAGGUCUACUAUUUAGACUGUAACUUAAAAUAAGUUUUCAGUCAUAGUUUAAGGUGCCAUGCACAGAUGUUUGCACUCCCAAUGUUAUGCCUGACUUUUAUAUGAAGCUACUCAUGUCUGAAAGGAUGCAAAGGGUCUUUUUUUAAGUGAAGUUUUGAGGUGUUUUUUUUUUUGUAAAAGCAGAUAUUUGCUCAACACUACAUCAUGCCUUUCAUAUGGAAAAUUGGUCCUUCAAGAAUUCUGAGGAUAGUUAGGAGUUCAUAGGUGGCUAAAACUCUUCUUAGAACCAUCUUUUACAAAGUCUAUAUUUUUCCCCCAACUUGAAUAAUUGCUUUCAAACAUGCAACCAGCAGCUUUCACCAAGUAGCAAUAAACUAAUGCCUAUACCCA